AUGGCAGCCAAGGUCAAGAACCUCAUGAGUGCGGCGCACACUGCAGGCAUCUUUGCCGAUAUUGCAGUGGACGGCCCAGAAAUCGGAACCCUGGUCGCUAUCGUCGAUCGAGCCAAAAAUCUGCCGAAUCGCAAGACAAUCGGAAAACAAGAUCCCUACUGCGCGGCCAGGUUGGGAAAGGAAGCCAGGAAGACAACGACCGAUGUCCGAGGUGGACAAACACCAAAGUGGGAUCAAGAACUGCGAUUCAAUGUUCAUGAUUGUCCAGAUUAUUAUCAACUCAAGCUCUCUAUUUUCACAGACGAUAAACGAACAGACUUGAUUGGUGAAUCAUGGAUCGAUUUGAGGUCGAUUAUUGUGCCUGGCGGUGGACAAAACGACUUUUGGCAAACAUUGACCUGCAAAGGCAAAUACGCUGGCGAAAUCAGAGUCGAAAUCACCUUCUACGACUCUCGACCAAAGCCUGAUAAGCCAGUAGCGAAACCAAAGCAGAUUACAGCAGCUGAACCAGACCAAGGAUCUGUUAAACAAAGAACUCCUGUAAAAAGACGUCCUUUGCCAUCGGAUCCUGUCACUGGUGAAGCACCAUCUGCGUCGCCCCCUGCGACGGCGCCUGCAUCAGCACCAUUGCCAAUACCAGCAGCAGCACCCUCGGAGACACCAGCCGGUCCACGAACACACACCAAACAGAUUUCGCACUCGGGCAAUUUUGUACCAUCUCAAUCACCUCUACAAGUCGUCGAGUACAACACGCCGCCUUCACAGUCAUCCCGUCGUCAAACGGAUCAGUAUUCCACAUCCCCACAUGCGCAUCUCCCACAGGAAUAUACAACCCCGACUCGCGGGGAGGCGUCUCGUCCGUCGCGAAGGUCAAUGAUCGCUUAUGAGGAACCUAGAAAGUACGAUGACCGAGAGUACAGCCCCAGAUACGCUCCUCAACAGGAGCAAAUGGACCCUCGUGGCCAUUACACCCCCCAGCAAGACUUCUAUGAGCAGCCACAAGCACUAUUAGAUGACCCCAGGCAGUACUCUCCCGUAGAGAAUGAGCGUCCCCCUCCACCGCCUGCACACAGGAUCAGAGGGAACAGCUCAGGGCAGGAGCUUGUGCCGAGAAGAAGCAUGGAGACGUCGCCAAAUAAGCUCCCGCAGAUGAGACAUGACGUUCUGAGACACGAGGCGCAGAGACAGCAGAUGGUGCCAUACCCUGGGCGCCCAGCUUUCCGGGGUUAUGAUUCAGCCCCCGCUACUAACCAAGUCUCUUCUCCAAACUCGAACGCCUAUGACGGCAUGCCGCGACAUAGCUCUUAUGACGCGAGUUACGAUCCUCACUAUCGAUCCAUGCAGCCCACAGUUGAGGACGUGCCUGAUGCUUCUGGCCCGUCGCAGAAGUAUGCGCAGAAUGGCUCACAGUUCCAACGUUCCGACGAACUUUGUUUUGACGAGAACCCAAGCCCUGCGCCUCUGGUUUUGCGACGGUCCCCUGCCCCAGGUCAAUUCCGAGAGGAUUACUCGCCAACUCAAUCACCGAGAGGGUACCAGAAUCCCGAUGACUGGCAAGUUGCUUUGUCGUCGUCUCACCGUCGAAGCUACUCCAGAAGCCCUGUCGAUAAUGGGUAUUACUCUCACAAUGGCCAGGGCAAUUAUUCAGGCCACCCAGCUGAUAUGAACGCUUCGCAUAUGCAAAGUCCGCACAACCAUGCGCCCCCAGCUCCGCCACCGGCUCUUGUGCCAGGAUUGGAUGCGAGCCAAUCUUUAGAAUUGACAAACCUCAUCUAUGAGGAUCGUCGGCACGACCGAAGGCCACACUCACAGAGCAUGUCAAGCAUGCCUAUAGCUCCUCGAGGACGUCCUAGGAACGAGUCCUUCCAAGGAUAUAACCAGCCACCACAUGACCAAGGGUAUGGCCAACCACCACCCGAGCAUGCGUAUGCUGUUCAGCCUUACAACCGGCGGGCUAUUACUUACAAUCCACCUGAACAACAACUUGUGAAGCACCGGGGCGUCUCUCCUGACCCACGCACCAGCCCGAACCCACACCACAGAAUUAAGCGCAAGUCAGUCAGUCCUGCACCUCCUCCACUUGAAGACCAGAGGAGGAAGUCGGAUAUUCCCUUUGGACCUGAUUCAUAUGACGCCCUCAACCCCAGCCUUGUCUCGUCUAAAAGCGGAGCAAGCCCCUCGCCGGACUUUAUGGACGAUGAGCCAAAGAAGAUUAUCACAUACGACGGACGGGAGAUUGACCCCUCUGAUCAUCUUCCUAUGGAGACAUGGGCACCUGAACCAGAGACGAAGAAGCCAGCACCUGGCGCCGAAUCACGUUCAAGACCUCAACUAUCGGGAGUUAAGCCAAUGCCUCCCAGCAACCGACGGGCACCGCGCAGCGGGCGUCACUCCAUGUCUGCUGUGAAUACAUCCUAUUCGUUCGGUGACGAAGCUCGCACACCUCCUCAAGCUGGUCGUACCCGUCUCCAGAAGCGAACGAACCGAAUAUCAGCAGACAACUCUCCAGCGGCUUCAAGCCCAUUGGCGCCAAUUUCUAAAGACAAUUACCAAGAGAGGUCGCCGUAUGGUAACGCUUCGCUUCGCGGAAUGCCUCGUGCGGGCACAUGGGAUUUUGAAGAUGAGAACCGUGGUGUGUAUGGCGGACCACCGAUCCCAGCCAAAAUUCCUAUGCCAACGAUGAGCGGGGCAAACGGCACUGGCCAAGAAUUGGCAUUGGUGCAAGAGAUGCAGCGUAUCGAUAUUGGGACAGGCAGGUCCCGAAGAAGGGGAGGAUAUUAG